AUGAUAGGCUCCGUUGAAUCCAACCUCAAGCAAGAGAAAAACAACCAGGCAUCCGAGACCCCCUCCUCAAGCCAAGACAACAAACGCCACACGCUACCACCUAAGGCUAAAACCGUCUCUCAAGCCGACGCCGAGCUUCGCGAGCGGCUUGAACAAAUGUCUGGAGGAGGAGGAGCCUCCGGAAUAGAAUAUGAAGACGGGAAACCGAAUGCAAUGAAGCGUGGCGUGCGAAACAACAUGUUCCGACUAAUCUGA